AUGUUAAAUAAGAUCAUUGUCAAUCAAUACAACCUGUGGCUUGUCAUCUUCGUUGCCCUGGGCACGAUCUCGACAGCCUACGGUCUGGCCGUUAUCGGCUCGACUGUCGGUCAACCCAACUUCUACACCUACUUUAAUUUGGCCACGGCUGGCGAACCUGGAUAUGACCACACGACCAACAUCAUCGGCGCCCUGAACGGCGUCAACUCGGCUGGUGCCAUCGCGGGUUGCAUCUUCCAAGCAUGGGCCGCCGAUUACUAUGGUCGAAAACGCACCUUGCAGAUAGGUUGUGUCAUCUUGAUCGUCGGUGGCGCUCUUUGCGCAGGUGCCUACGACAUGGCCAUGUUCCUCGUCGGUAGAUUCGUUGCCGGUGUUGGGGCUGGUAUCCUCGCCUGUAUUGUGCCCAUCUACCAGGCCGAGGUUUCAACACCUGAAACCCGUGGCGCCAUGGUCUGUGUUACAGGAAUUAUGUACGCUCUGGGCUACAGUCUUGCCGGCUGGCUCGGAUACGCAUGCUACUUCAUGAAAGCCGACGAUUCGGCUGCUCAAUUCUCGUGGCGGUUCCCUCUGGCCUUCCAGAUCUUCUUCCCCAUCGUCGUGCUCGCCGGCAGCAGGUUGAUCCCAUACAGUCCACGAUGGCUUCUCUCAAAGGGUCGACGACAGGAAGCUCUCGACAUCGUCAAGCGUCUGCACAGAACCCCCUCGGACCCCGAAGACACCCAUGCGCGUCAAGAAUUCUGGCUCAUGGAGAAACAAUAUGAAAUGGACGCCUCCAUGUCCUUUGGUACAUUUGAACUCUUCAAGACGCCAGCCAACAGGAAGCGAGCACUCAUGGCCUUCAUUCUCAUGUGGGGAGAUCAAUUUUUGGGUAUCUUCGUUAUGACCAACUAUGGUGUCCUGAUCUACGCCAGCUUGGGACUCAGCGGCUCGAUCCCUCUCCUGCUCAAUGCAUGCUGGACCACGCUCACCAUCAUCGGCAACACCUGGACUGCCCUCUAUAUUGACCGCUUCGGCCGACGCCUCUUCAUGCUCAUCGGGUCGGCGGGUUGCAUCGCCGCCCUGAUCUUCCUGUGUUCCCUGACGGCGUCGUUCCUCAACACCACCAACAAGGCCGGGCUCAACGCGGCCGUCUUCUUCAUCUGGUUCUACAUCUUCUGGUGGUGCUUCUUCAUCGACGCCACCCAGUACGUCUACGUGGCCGAGAUCUUCCCCAACCACCUCCGCCCCUACGGCGUCGCCCUGGGCCUGUCGGCCUUCUACCUGGCCAGCGAGGUCACCCUGGUCGGCGCCCCCGUGGCCCUCAACAAGAUCGGCUGGAAGUUCUACCUCGUCCUCAUCAUCCCCAGCGCCGUCUACUGGGUCAUCAUCUACUUCUUCUUCCCCGAGACCAAAGGCCGCACCCUCGAGGAGAUCGGCGACGUCUUCGGCGACGACCUCCACGUCGCCAGCCACUGGUACAACGCCUCGCCCGAGGAGAAGGCCCGCAUGGCCGAGCAGGCCCUGCGCGAGACCGAGGGAGGCAUCGUGCGCGAAAAGGGCUACCGCGGAGCCGACUCCGACCAGACUCCUCCCGCCGAGAAGGUCGUCCAGGAGGAUGACGGCAAGACCGAGGCCGUCGAGACCGAGGACACCGGCGGGGCCGCCAAGUAAAUCACGGAGUUGAUCGGUUCUCCCCAGACGACUCGAAGCCUUACCUAUUACCAUCUAUACCCAUAACCCACCAAACCCCCCCAUUGAACCAAUGUCGCAAUGGGCGUACACCGUUGCUGAAAGUGCAAAAGACUAGUCUUGUCUGCGGUGUGGAGAUCCCAAAGACAAAAGAGACAAGGACAAGGACACCAUUCCUCUAAUCCCCUUGGAGGACGUGUCUUUUAUUAGUCAUUUAGAG